AUGAAAGUAAUAGAGACAUUUUGGAUUAUAUUCCAUUAUAUGAAAAAAAAGUAAACAUUUUUUAAAAGUUUAGAACUACUUAAACUCCAGAAUCUUUUCCGAAUUUAGGAUUAGUAAUUUUAUUUAUAAAUAGUCUAAUAACAAUAUUAACUAUAAGAGAUUUUAUAUUUUAUAGUGUAAAUAAAAGAUCAAAUAAGUUUUAGACUCAUUUACUUUUUUAUAUUAAUCCAUUAAUAUAUAUAAUUGGUUUUCUUUGAAAUUACAUUACAUACAUUAAUUAGUUGUAAUAAACAUUGUUUUGAUAUUUUAAAGUCUUAGGGGAGAUCAUUUUUUUAGUACAAUAAAAUUGAUAACAGUAUAAGCUGUUUUAUUUUAUGAAACAUCAAAUAAAAUAAACUAAUUUAAAUAAGAACUAGAUUAAAUGAAGUAGCAGUAGCAAUAAUAAAUUAAUAAAUAUUAGGAAGAAAUAGAUUAAAAGUCAUAAAUGCUAUUUUAAUCUAGGGCAAACGAUCUAGUAAUUAAAUUAAAUUUAAAUAAUAAUGUGCAAGUAAAAAUCAGAUGUAAAUAUUGAUAAUAAUAAAUAAAAUUAGAGUUAAUGCUUUCAAUAACAGAAGUAUUUGGAAAGGAUGAAGUUGAGGAAGAUAUUGAUUAUAAUAAUUAAUAACCUUCUCCAAAAUUGAAAAACUUUAAAAGAAGAGCAAGUAGAACUCUUUCUUAAAAUUCAGAUUUAAAUAAUUUGAUUUCACUCUGAUUAAGAUAUAUAGUGUAGAGAGUUAAUAAUUUUAUUACAAUGAUGAAAUAGACGAUCUUUUGAAUUUAUUGACAGACAAAAAAGAAAAUAUUUGGUUACCAAAGUUCUUAACAAGUCAAAGAUAAUUAGAUUUUCAAAAUAGUAGUAUUCAAUAAACAUAAAAAGAAGAUUAAUUUAGUUAAGAUGCAAAAAAGUAAUUUUAAUUAAAUUAUUUAGAUUCAUACUUUCACAUUUUACUUAUAGAAAAGCUUCAUUUUAAUAUAUUGAUGAUAUUAAAGAUGAUAUGGAUGACAUUGCAGAGAAAAUCUAAUAGAUUUUAAUAUUAAUUUCUUAUAUCCAGAUUCUACUUUAAACAAAUUAGAUUAGCCAUAAAGAAUGUUAUUUGUGGAAGGAUCUAUAAAUUUGUUUAAAUAUUCAAAGUUAUAAACAUUGA